AAAUAAUCAUCAACCAUCUCUUCAGACUACUCCAAUAUCAUAGUCAGGCGACUCCUGCAAAUUAUUUAGACGAAGAAGCCCAGCCAAAUCGAUAAACCCUUUAAUUUGUCUUCCCUGAAUUCAAGGGGACUACAAAGUACAAAGAGGUACCCGGCAGCUGCUCCAUGAUUAAGGUCGCGGACAAGCUCCUGCGAGCCAAGAGGCUCGGAUUUGCAUCCGCUUUUCUCCGGCCACCAGCCUUAGCGGCGCCACCACCAUUUAGAGCAUUCUCGAAUAAAAGCGGCCUUGACGUCUCUUUAAAUGUCAACCCAAUUGCCCUUCAGAUGACGAAUUACGCGCUCUCUUUAGCCCGUUCACAAAUGUCAGAUGAUGCUUAUGCCCAAGCUCAGUUGGUUUUGGAGCAGUGUUAUUCUAUUCACUCUGAUAAAAGUGCUAGAGGAGUGGUUUUACUCGCGAUGGCUAGACUGCUAUACCAUAGGGGAAACUAUGAAGAUGCCAUUGAGAAGCUUCAGAAAAUUCAAGAUUCAAGCUUGUCUUCAAUUAUUGUCAGAGUUGCUGCCGCAGAGGCACUUGUUGGACUUCAUUUAGAACUGGGACAAGAUGCUGCUGCUACAGCAGCUGCAGAUAUGUGCUUGCAGUUCUUGGAAUCCAUGAAGUUAGAUAUUGAAUGUGAAGGCUUUGAGGUCUUGGGAGAUCAUUCAAAGGCAUUUAAAGGGCUUGUUGAAUUGAUACGCGGCAAUUCUGAAUCGGCAAUGUCUUACUUCCCAAAAGUUCUAGACGAAGGCUGUUCUUCCAUUGUGAUGGGUCGAUGUACUGGUAAUGCUGCAUUAACAUACGGUGAAUUCCUUCACCACAUGCGGGAUUUUGAAAUGGCCAAAAAAAUGUACACUAAAGUGAUUGGUGAGGAGGAAUCACCGGGCAUGGAGUACAAUAAUUUACAUCAGUUAUUGGCUUGUAAUAUGAGCUAUGAGGAUACUAUAUUAGGAGCUACUUGUGCUUUAGGACAGCUAGAGGCUCAUUUGGGGAACUUUGACAAUGCUGAGAAGAUGCUAACUGCAGCACUUAAGAAAGCUGAGCAAACCUUUGGUGAUCGACAUCACAAAGUUGGUGUUAUUUUAACCUGCAUAGCUCUCUUGUAUAGGCACAAAGCAACAGUCGAGCAAUCGACCUCUCUUUUAAUUCAAGAGGGACUUUACAGAAGAGCAGUUGAAGUGUUUAAAGCUCCUCCUCUGGAGUUUGAAGGUGCUGAAGAGAAGGCUUGCAGAAGAGAUUUAAUUGCCCUAGUGAGAGGUGGUUAUGCAGAAAUAUUGUGUCUACAACAGAACAGAAAAGCUGAAGGGGAGAGGAUGAAGCUAUGGGCUGAAUCUGCUUGGAGAAACCGCACGUUAUCCCUCGCAGAGGCACUCGAACCACCUUCAAAGACUUCUUCCAAAGUGGCUGUUAUCGAUACCAGAGUAUGCAGGAUCAUAUAAUUUCUCCCCUCUUCCUGCACUGUUUGUCUCUCCCUCUUUAACUACGAGUGCAAAACUGUGUGUUUGUAUGUGUGCACACGCUAAGUAAGUUAAUGAGUAGCUUGCAACACAACUGAAGGAGAGAAUAAAUAUCUGAAUGACAU